AUGACCCGACUUUUGCCCAUUCUCGGGCUUAUCAUUGCCACGGUUGCCAUCUCGGUCCACUCGGUGGUGAUUCGCGUGGAGAAUCUGCCGGAAAAGUGCGACUACAGCAAGUGCACCGCACCGGAUCCAACCAGAAUCAACGUCCACCUGGUGCCGCACACGCACGACGACGUCGGAUGGCUCAAGACCGUCGACCAGUACUUCUACGGACUUCGAUCAAAUAUUCAAAAGGCGGGCGUCCAGUACAUCAUCGACUCGGUGAUUGAGGAGCUGGUCCGGAACAAGGACCGCCGCUUCAUCUACGUCGAGACGGCCUUCUUCUGGAAGUGGUGGAAGGAGCAGGACCAGGAGACGCGGGACAUCGUCCACGAGCUGGUCAAGACGGGCCAACUGGAGUUUAUCAACGGCGGCUGGUCAAUGUCGGAUGAGGCGACUGUGCAGUACAACUCCUUCAUCGACCAGACGACCUGGGGCCUGCGUCGACUGAAUGACACCUUCGGCAAGUGUGGCGUGCCCAAGGUGACCUGGCAGAUUGACCCCUUUGGCCAUUCGAAGGAGCUCGCUUCGCUCUUUGCCCAGAUGAACUACGACGCCGUCUUCUUCGCUCGCGAGGACUGGCAGGAGCUGCACUUCCGCCGGCAGAAUAAGACGCUGGAACAUGUUUGGCAGGGCUCGGAAGAUCUGGGCACUGCGGGUGAUCUCUUUACCGGAAUGAUGGACUUUGGCUACGGCCCACCGCAGGGCUUCAACUGGGACCUGGUGGGCGGCGGCGAUGAGCCGGUGAUUGACAACCAGGACUCGGAGGAGUACAACGUCCCGCACAUGGUUGAAAAGCUGGUGAACCUCGCAAAACGCUAUCAACAGUCCUACGCCACGAAGAACGUCAUGUUCCCCAUGGGCACCGACUUCCAGUACCAGGACGCCCACGUGUACUUCAAGAACAUGGACAAGCUGAUCAACCAUGUGAAUGCCGGCUCCAAGGAGGUGAAGAUCUUCUACUCGACGCCUUCCUGCUACGCCAAGGCCCUCCACGACUCCGUGGGCCACGCCUCCUGGACCGGAAAGGCCGACGACUACUUCCCCUACGCCUCCGACCCGCACGCCUACUGGACCGGGUACUUUGUGUCCCGAGCGGCGUUAAAACGCUUCGAACGGGUGGGAAACAAUGUCCUGCAGGCCUGUAAGCAGGUGGACGUGCUGGCCGGAAACGGAGACGCCCUGGAGCGGGAGAUCACCGCGUUGCGGGAGAUUAUGGGCGUGAUGCAGCACCACGACGCGGUGGCUGGAACUGAAAAGCAGCACGUCGCCGAUGACUAUGCGCGAAACCUGCACGCCGGCAUUGAGGCCUGCCGAGAUGUCCUCCAGCGGAGUUAUCAUAAGCUUCAAGCAAAGGCCACCGCCAACCUUCCGACCAUUCAGAAGCAGGUCUUCUGCGACUACCUCAACGCCAGCAGCUGCUCGGCCACCGAGGCGGGCCGGAACUUUGCCGUCAAUGUCUACAAUCCGCUGGGCGCCCCGCUGGUGAACAAGGUCCUCCGACUUCCGGUCGCGACUUCCGGUGGAAAGUUCUACGAGGUUCUAAGUCCUGAGGGGAAGCCGGUUCCCUCGGAGCUGGUGGCCAUUCCCGAGGCGGUGAGAAAUCUGCCGGAGCGGAAACACUCCACAGCCACGGAGGAGCUGGUCUUCCAGGCCUCGGCCCCAGCUCUGGGCCUGGCGACCUAUUUUGUCCAAGUCAGCUCAACUCGAUCCGCCAACUCUGCCGCCGAAGUAAAGGGCGUGAAGAUUUCCGCCGAGACGAAGUUGAAAGCCGCCAACUUUGAGGUGGUCUUUGACGCCUCGGGCGCCCUCUCAAAGGUGGUCCUCAAAAGUGGGCAGUCAGUUCCGCUGUCCAGCAACUUCCGCUUUUACAAGGGCGCCGCCGAUGAGAAGGUGCGCGCCUCGGGUGCCUACGUCUUCCGCCCGCUGACGCAGGAGACCUUUAGCGCCGGAAAACUCCUUGAAUCGAACCUCUUCACCAAGGAGGGCGGUGUCCACGAAGUCCACCAGAAGUACGACUCCUACGUGGAGCAGGUGGUGAGGGUGUCACCCGCCUCCGACCAGGUGGAGUUUGAGUACAUUGUCGGGCCGAUUCCGGUGGGCGAUCACGUCGGGAAGGAGGUUGUGCUGCAGUACAGCGCGGACCUGAAGAAUGGGGGCGUCUUCUAUACGGAUGCCAACGGGCGGCAGAUGGUCAAGAGACAGUGGAACGCCCGGCGACACUUGAAGCUCAAUGUGACGGAGCCGAUCUCCGGAAACUACUACCCGAUCAACUCGAGGAUCAUGCUGAAGGAUGAGGCUAAGAAGCUGGUGAUGACGGUGCUCACGGAUCGGUCUCAGGGCGGCACCUCUCCGCAGGACGGCGUCCUCGAGCUGAUGGUCCACCGGCGCCUCCUCCACGAUGACCACUUUGGCGUCGGUGAGCCGCUGAACGAGCCGGGCGUUGAUGGAAAGGGCCUGAUCAUCCGUGGCAAGCACGUUCUUCAGCUGUCCACCCUUGAAGAGGCCGGAAAGAGUCACCGAGAGGCGGGGCGGGAGAUGUUCCUCGAGCCCAUUCUCAGCUUCGUUCCCGACGUCGCCCCUUAUGAUGUCUUCAGCAAAAGCUACCACACCGAGGUUUCCGGCCUGACCAAGGCGCUGCCCGCUAAUGUGCACCUGCUGACGCUGGAGCAGUGGUCCGGUGGGCGUCUCCUCCUUCGACUGGAGCACUUCUUCCAAAAGGGAGAACACGCUGAGCUGAGCAAGCCGGUCACCCUUUCUCUGAAGGGUCUCUUCAAGCACUUUGAGAUUACCGCGGCGCAGGAGCUGACGCUGGCGGCCAAUCAGGACGUCUCGGCCCUCAAAAAUCGGCUAAAGUUCAAGUACACCGCCGACGGGCCGGUCACUGAACCGGCGGAGACUAAGGCCUUCAAUGCGCAGACGAUGGAGGUCACCCUCAAUCCGAUGCAGAUUCGCACCUUUGCGGUGACGGUGAAACGAAACUAG